AUGUCGUUUUCUCAUGUAGCUCAGAAAGUUAUGAAGCAUUUACAAGUGUUUGGCCUUAUCUUCUUUCCCAUAGGUGACUGCCAACAGCCAGCCCAGUGUCGAAUCCAGAAAUGUACCACGGACUUUGUAUCCCUGACUUCACACCUGAACUCUGCCAUUGACGGCUUUGACUCUGAGUUCUGCAAGGCCCUGCGUGCCUAUGCUGGCUGCACCCAGCGAACUUCAAAGGCCUGCCGUGGCAACCUGGUGUACCAUUCUGCCGUGUUGGGUAUCAGUGACCUCAUGAGCCAGAGGAAUUGUUCCAAGGAUGGACCCACAUCCUCUACCAACCCCGAAGUGACCCACGAUCCUUGUAACUAUCACAGCCAUGCAGGAGCCAGAGAACACAGAGGAGGGGACCAGAACCCUCCCAGUUACCUUUUCUGUGGCUUGUUUGGAGAUCCUCACCUUAGAACUUUCAAGGAUCACUUCCAAACGUGCAAAGUGGAAGGGGCCUGGCCCCUCAUAGAUAAUAAUUAUCUUUCAGUUCAGGUGACAAAUGUGCCUGUGGUCCCUGGAUCCAGUGCUACUGCUACAAAUAAGAUCACUAUCAUCUUCAAAGCCCACCAUGAGUGUACAGAUCAGAAAGUCUACCAAGCUGUGACAGAUGACUUGCCAGCUGCCUUUGUAGAUGGCACCACCAGUGGUGGGGACGGUGAUGCCAAGAGCCUGCGUAUUGUGGAGAGGGAGAGUGGCCGCUAUGUGGAGAUGCACGCCCGCUACAUAGGGACUACUGUGUUUGUGCGGCAGCUGGGUCGCUACCUGACCCUCGCCAUCCGUAUGCCCGAGGAUCUGGCCAUGUCCUACGAGGAAAGCCAGGACCUACAGCUGUGUGUGAACGGCUGCCCCCUGAGCGAACGCAUCGAUGAUGGGCAGGGCCAGGUGUCUGCCAUCCUGGGGCACAGCCUGCCUCGCACCUCCUUGGUGCCGGCCUGGCCCGGCUACACACUGGAGACUGCCAGCACUCAGUGCCAUGAGAAGAUGCCGGUGAAGGACAUCUAUUUCCAGUCCUGUGUCUUUGACCUGCUCACCACUGGUGAUGCCAACUUUACCGCCGCAGCCCACAGUGCCUUGGAGGAUGUGGAGGCGCUGCACCCGAGGAAGGAACGCUGGCACAUUUUCCCCAGCAGUGGCAAUGGGACUCCCUGUGAAGGCAGCAAUUUGUCUGUCAGUCUGGGACUCACGUGCUUGAUCCUUAUUGUGUUUUUGUAGGGGUUGUCUUUUGUUUUGUUUUGGUUUUGUCUAUAACAAAAUUUUAAAAUAUAUAUUGUCAUAAUAUAUUGAGUAAAAGAGUAUAUAUGUAUAUACCAUGUAUAUGACAGGAUGUUUGUCCUGGGACACCCACCAGAUUGUACAUAUUGUGUUUGACUGUUCUCACAUAUGUUGGAUGUAGUGUUCUUUGAUUGUAUCAAUUUUGUUUUGCAGUUUUGUGAAAUGUUUUAUAAUGUCCCUGCCUGGGGACCUGUUAGAAAGCACUUUAUUUUUUAUAUAUUAAAUAUUUAUGUGUGUACCUGAUGAAUAUGUAUAGUACAUAUACACAGACACCAUAUGCAGUGUGCCCUUUGAAGGUGUUUGUAACUGUUCUUGGCUGUUCCCUUCUGCCCUUUCCCAUUGCUACUGAUUUGCCACAGUGUGCAGUUCUCACCCACCACCUUCCAGUAGAGCUGCCUCCUUCCUUUGAACUGUGUCCUCACCGUUCUACCCUCAUUUGAUUUGAAAGGAGCGUUAACCUCCCCCUUGCAGGUGCUUUUGACUCUGUUAAACUCUGAUCUUAAGAAGCCCUCUUAUUCUCUAACACCAGUUACUUUUUCAUAAGCGGUGUAUGAUACAGUUCUUACUCUCCAUUCGAAAUGGUAUAUAUUUGAUCACAUGUGGUAUAUUAGGUUGAACCAGAGGAAACUGCUGUUUCUGUAGGUCAAAAGAGUCUAGUGGCGGCAGUUUCAUAGACACAUAGCAGGCCUCUUGCUAGACCCCAGGAGCGCUCAGACAUUUUCUCAUCCCAUGCCCCCUUUUUAAAUUGUAAUUUUUUUCUCUUUUAAUUCGAUUCUGCAUGAAGCAAAACAAGGAACCAUAAAUUUUCUGAUUGUCAUGCGUUGCUCUUUUUUUCUCUUUAUAGACUGGUGUAAGCCCAUAUUCUUAACCUUCUCUUGACUGUUGGGCCCAAAACCACCCGGCACUCCCUGCCUCCAUCCAGUUAGGAAGCCUUCCUUGAUCACACCUUGUGAAUCCAGAGACUGGGUGGGUUAGAUUCUCUGGGAGGCCCAGAUCCCAUCACAAAGUUUUCCAUUCUUCCUUGUCCUCCACACCAUGGCCUUCAUCACAGUCUUUGACAUGCUUAUAUGCAGAAUGGAACUAAGUAGGGCAGUAAUGACAGUAAGUCUUCUGUGGCCUGACUCCACGUGCAGCCAACUCUGGGUGCUGCUUAAUCCAGACACUUGCAAACCAAGCUUUGUGCUCCCCAGGGAGUCUCAUUUGUUGGUCAGGCACUCUCUUAACACCUGUAGCUGAAUAUUAUUUAGACCAUUGCUCGUGUGACUUGGUGAAAUCCUUGUGAAGUAAAAGGAUCUCUCUUCUUGCCUCUUCCAUCCCAUCGUUGGCACCCCCUUGCCAAAGUUAACAAUGAAAGGCAGGAACAGUCACAGUUAACUCCAGGAUAGGUAUGUUUAUAUUGUUACAUCUAAAUACCAAUGUUCCAAGAAGUGAUAAAGUUAUACUUUAAUAAUCCAAGUUUACAUAAACACCAAAAAUAGGAACUUUGAAUAGUAAUAUAGACCAAAGUUAUGCUUAGUUUUAGUUGACUGGAUAAUUUCUUCUGCCAUGUCCUGUUGAUUAAUGACACUGCCAGAGGUCCAGACUGGCAGGAAAAGAGGAUGUUAUUUUGUGAAAUUCUCUUUCUUAGUGAACUGAUGUGCCAUCCAGUCACAGGGUGGAGUUGUGAAUUCAACUAGAGGUGGCAAACCUCUACCUUCCGGUGUAUGAGAGAAUAAUCUUUAGCAGUCUGGGGAAAUAAUGAAGGUGCUCUGCUAAAGAUUCAACUCCAGAGAGUGGAGAACUAAACGUGUCGUCCUUUUCUAGAAGCUAGACUAGGGACUUCCCUGCCAUCAGCUCUGAACUGUGACUGCGUUUGUUCACCUAUGGAGUCAUUUACCAAAUUCAAAAACUAUUGUUAAUUUUAUAAUUGAGUAGAACAGGAGAGGAAAUGUAUUGAGGAUACUUUUAACCACUAUUUUUGUGCAAGUAGUAUAAAAGUGAAGUAAAAACAAUAGUAGAAAUGUCUAUAGUAACUGGGUUUUGAGUGUAUAUGAUUACCGUUGUUCUUUUCAGAAAAAAUAACCACCUCUAUUAGUAGUUGGGAAAAGAAAAUUGGGUUGUUUUGCCAGAUCAUUUGGCUGAAACGGAUGCUCAAAAACAUCCUGCAUUACUAGGAUUAGUUUCAGUGUAUUAAGCUUUUCUCCCUUUAUAAUCAGUGUCACUGUAAAACAUUUACAGUCCCCACAGAUAAGUUUCAGAAAUACAUGUAUUUCCCUUGUUCUAAGGGCCAGGUUUAUUUUCUCCUUUUCUAGAAGUUCUAGAGAAAGUCUGCUUGCACAUAUUGGUUCUUGAAAUUCUAGUUUUAGGUCAUUCCAACACAUGGAUAGACUGUAGCUGUUUAGAGGGCUCCUGGGGGAGCUUGAAACUUGGGGAACACUGGUUUUCACAGAUGCUCCACAUGGCUGUCUUUAAAAGACUCAAAACUUUUUUUGUCCUCUUUGUUAUGCUUGGCAACCCCCGCAGUGUGUCGAGUCUUUGCAAAGAAACCUUUAGAUGUGGUUCAUAGGUAUAUGAAUAUGUAUCUGUGUAAAACAGUGAGUGUGCAGUGUGUAAAUACUUUAAAUUAUGCUAGAAAAAUAAAGUUACAUACCAUGCUGUGGAA